AUGAGCGAUACUCACAUGCAAAAUAUAACGUACAAUGUUCCUGAUGGAGAUAUUUUUAUCCACGCAGGAGACUUCAGCAAUUUGGGACAAAGGCAAAGUGUUAUAAAAUUCAACAACUGGUUAGGCUCUUUACCUCAUAAAUUUAAAGUAGUUAUUGCAGGGAAUCAUGAGCUAACAUUUGAUGCGAGAUGUUUAAAUUAUUUUCAACAAAUCAUGUUUAUAAGAGGGAAGUCUAGUGCUAUUGAAGAUGUAAUGCAUGUACGAGAUUACCUGACAAACUGUAUUUAUUUGCAAGAUAGCGGCAUUCAGUUGUAUGGCGUAAAAAUCUAUGGAUCUCCAUGGAUACCUGUACACUAUGGUGUGGGAGGGGCAUUUUCUCGGUAUAGAGGUAGAGACUUGCUUUCGCAAUGGAACAAAAUUCCUAGGGAUACAGAAAUAUUGGUAACACAUACCCCACCAGUAGGUCACGGUGACUUGGUACAGUCAGGAAUAAGGGUGGGAUGUGUAGAGCUACUGAAUACAGUAUUAUAUAGGGUUAGGCCAAAGUAUCACAUUUUCGGGCAUAUUCACGAAGGAUAUGGUGUAACAAGCAAUGGUGAAAUAAGUUUCGUAAACGCCUCAUCAUGCAACGUAAAAAAAAAUGCUGUAAAUCUUCCUAUUGUAUUUGAUAUGCCUCUGAAAUAUGGCUAUCGAAAAUGA